AUGGGUAGGUAUGAAGCUAGAGAUAUUGACGGAUUUAAGUUGUGGUACUCAGGAGGCUCAAGGGAUAAAAAUGGGGUUGGUAUUCUAGGAGACGGGGACCUUAGAGAACAAGUGGUGGAGGUUAGGAGAAUCAAUGAUAGGAUGAUAAAAAUUAAGCUAGUCAUUGGUGGGGUGAAUGUGAAUAUUAUUAGUGUUUAUGCCUCCUAUGUGGGCCUGAACAAGGAGGUCAAAAUGCUCUUUUGGGAGGAGUUGGACAAGGUAGUGAGAGGUAUACCGAACUCUGAGAAGAUUUUCAUCAUUGGAGAUUUUAAUGGCCAUAUCGAGGCAAUUUCAAGUGGAUUUGAUGAUGUACAUUGA